CCCGCUCCCAGUGACGGAGAUCAUGCGCCCAUCUCAGCCUCUCUCCCUCUUUCCCAUCGUCUAGUGCCAUUGACGAACAAACGCCGCUGUUCUCGGGUAUCCGUCGCAAUAAGAGAGCUUUUUUUCAGGUGCCGGCUGCUUAGUCAAUAUAUCAAAUCCGUUAGCAAGUCAAGGAUCUGUAUAUAGUCGCAUGGUGUGCAGGUGUGCAUUAGAAUGGACAGGUCAAAGAGAGUAGACGAGCGGGUGACGAGUAGAUGGUCGACACGACGAGAAGGUGAUGCGGAGGAGAGCGAUUGGAGGUCGAAUGAGGCGCGGAACGCUGGUCAUGCGCACACGCGCAGUGGAGGUGACGAGGGGGAGGAGAGUAGAGAGGGCGAGGAGAAGGAAAGGCAAGACGAGAAGGGGGGAGCGGAAAAAGGCCCGUAUGAGGAGGGCGGGAUGCGGGGAUUGGAAAGGGCCGGGGAUGAACAGCGCGCUGCUUGUGACGACGACGAUGGGGAUGAGGGGGACGAGGGCAAAUGCCAAGACGACGUUUUUUACGACGAUGAUGACGAUGACGGUGACAAUGACGAUGACGAUUGCGAUGACGAUGAAGAUGACGAUGACGAUGAAGAGGAAGAUGAAGAUGAUGAUGACGAUGACGAUGAUGAUGACGACGAGGAUGACGACGACGAUGAGGAUGAGGAUGACGGUUACGAUGACGAUUACGAUGACGAUAACGAGGGCGAGGCGCACACCGAGAGGCGUAGCGUGCAAGUCAGGGAGGACGACGGCGGAUUCACGGUGUCGUCUCGUCUGCGCGCGCCGCAGCAUGGCGUGGCGGCAGAGGGCACGGGCGAGAACCAGGAGCCCGCGCCCUUCGCGCUCUCCUCUCCGCCACGUGCCUCGUUCCGCCUCGCCACCAUCGCCGCGCAGCACCGAAUGGCAGGCGAACCCACACGCCACACACUGCCCGCAGCGCUCCCCGAUGCUCUCGCCCCGCCGGCAGCAGCCCCGCUCUGGGGUGUGCCCUCCUUCCCCCCCAUGCUGCACCGACCACGCUCCGCCGCCGCUCGCGCUGCCGUCGCCAAGAGGGCAGCAGAGCAGCGUGGCACGGAGAGGGAGAGCGGUGGGCAAGAAGGCGGGCAGCAGCAUGCGGUGGGCGCCACGAUAGGUGGGCGUGCAGUGAGAGGGGGGGGGAAGAUGGACGUGAGUCCCCCGCGCAGCAUGCGAAAGCCGUCUUCCCGUGCUGCACGCAAGAUGUGGCGCGAGCUGGUGCAGCACAGAGCGGCGGGCGCACCCAGCGCACACGCACACAACCGGGGCGGCAGCACGGGGCAAGGCGGAGGGAGUGGGAGGCAGACAGUGAAAGAAGAGCCAUGACGGCAGCAUGGCAUGGAAGUGUCAUGUCACUUGCAUG